AUGGCUAUAGUUCUCUAUUUGUCAUAUAUUUUCUCCUUUGUUUUCUUAGCCUUUCAUGUACAAAAAGUAAGAAAGAAGCUCAAGAAAACAGACUCAACUUAUAACCUCCCUAAAGUUAAGAAAAAUUUCAACUUGGAGCUUUUGAGUUUAAAACGCAUCAAUUCGCACCAGCCGAUUAGAGAAGAAGAGCUCUCCAAUCUUGUCAAAUGGAUUGCUUCUGAGCAAGGAUCACCCAUUAACCUCACUCAAGCUGUAAUUUCUACGGUAUACACUAUUUUUUCAAAAGCUGCUUUCGGAAAGAAGUGCAAAGGCCAAGAAAAAUUUAUAUCAGCAGUGAAAGAAUCAAUAAAGAUUGCAGGAGGUUUUGACUUAGCAGAUUUGUUUCCUUCUAUUAGAUGA